AUGCAGGAAGAAGAUGGAGGUAUUGCCGAUCCUGUGGCUAUGCUGAAGCUCUCUUCAGUUGCAGGCAUCGAUCUCUGGUACAUAUACAGCUUGAGAGUCUUAAGCACGCAAGUUUCUCAUGACGGUAGAGCGAUCACCAUUGAUGGCCAACGCAGAGUUCUAUUUUCUGGCUCCAUUCACUAUCCCCGAAGCACUCCCGAGAUGUGGCCUGAUUUGAUGCAAAAAGCAAAGGAAGGGGGUCUUGAUGCGAUUGAGACGUAUGUUUUUUGGAAUGCUCAUGAGCCUCAAAGGGGCCAGUAUAAUUUUGAAGGCAAUUUAGAUCUCAUCAGAUUCAUCAAAGAGAUCCAAAAUGCUGGUCUUUAUGCUAUACUUCGCAUUGGCCCUUACGUUUGUGCCGAAUGGAACUAUGGUGGGCUUCCAGCUUGGUUGCGCCAGAUUCCAGGAUUACAAAUGAGGACAAAUAACCGGCCUUUUGAGGAUGAAAUGCAAAAAUUUGUAACACUAAUUGUGGACAUGAUUAAACGAGAAAGCCUCCUGGCACCACAAGGAGGUCCAAUUAUAAUAACUCAGAUUGAAAAUGAAUAUGGAAAUGUUCAAGGACCUUAUGGCAAUGCUGGCAAGGAAUAUAUCAAAUGGUGUGCAAAGUUAGCAGAAUCAUAUCAAAUUGGUGUUCCAUGGAUUAUGUGCCAACAGCCAGAUGCACCUCAACCAAUGGUAAAGACCCAAAUUAUUAUUAUUUGGUUCAAGGCUUGGGAUAAACCAGAUCCACACAGACUUGCUGAAGACUUAGCUUUCUCUGUGGCUCGGUUCUUCCAAUCAAGUGGAACGCUUCAAAAUUAUUAUAUGUAUCAUGGAGGAACUAAUUUUGGGCGUUCAACGGGAGGUCCAUAUAUCACAACAACGUAUGAUUAUGAUGCUCCUCUUGAUGAAUAUGGAAAUAUACGACAGCCGAAGUGGGGGCAUUUGAAGAACCUUCAUGCUGUUAUUAAGAAGAUGGAGAAAGCUCUGACUUAUGGAAACGCAGAAACAACUGAGCUUGAAAAUGGCUUAUCAGUGACAAAAUUCUUUGGUAUUGGCGUUGUGCCUGGCUGCUUCUUGGCAAACAAGAACAAAACGGACGAAGCCACCUUAGAUUUUGAAGGAACUAAGUACUUUUUACCAGCUUGGUCCGUUAGUAUUCUUCCUGAUUGUAAGCAAGAAGUUUACAAUACUGCCAAGGUCAAUGCGCAGACCUCUAUCAUGGUGAAGAAGCCAAAUCAGGCUGAAGCAGAACCUACAAGCCUUAUCUGGUCAUGGAAACCAGAGGAUUUAAGCAAAGCUGUUCAAGGAUUGGAGCCUGAUUUCACUACAAAUACACUCAGAGAUCAAAUAUUGGCUUCUGUUGAUGCUAGUGACUACUUGUGGUAUAUAACAAGUGUGAAUGUGUCACAAGAUCAACAAAUGAGUCUUCAAGUGAGCACAACUGGCCACAUUCUCCAUGCCUUUGUCAAUGGUGAUCUCAUAGGUUCUGAGUAUGCCCCCAAUGGAAAGUUCUCAUUUGUGUUCGAGAAGGAUGUUAUAUUGAACCAAGAAACAAACAUCAUUGCACUACUUAGUGCAACAGUUGGUCUUAAGAACUAUGGCCCUUACUAUGAGCUGAUGCCUGCUGGAAUUGUUGGUGGUCCAGUCAAACUAAUUGGAAAUUAUAAUGAUACAAUUGAUUUGUCUUUCAGUACAUGGUCCUACAAGGUGGGGCUUGAUGGGGAGAAGCAGCAAGUGUAUCUUGACAACUCUAAUUCAACCUGGAACAAAGGUGGCAUAUUUCCAAGGAAGGUUCCUUUCACUUGGUACAAGACCACCUUCCAGGCUCCUCUUGGUUCUGAUCCUGUGGUGGUGGACUUGCUUGGAUUGGGCAAAGGAACUGCAUGGGUUAAUGGCCAAAGCAUUGGCAGAUAUUGGCCAAGCUAUCUUACCUGGUCCGGAGGCUGCAGUCCUUGUGAUUACAGAGGCCCCUUCCAAUCUAAUAGCUGCCAAACUGGUUGCGGCGAACCAGCACAAAGAUGGUAUCAUGUUCCUAGGUCAUUUUUGAAGGCUGGUGAACCAAACACAUUGGUUUUGUUUGAGGAAGCUGGUGGUGAUCCUAGUCAGGUGAACUUCCAAACAGUUAUAGUGGGGAUUGUUUGUGCUAAUGUAGUUGAAGGGAAUAUCUUGACAUUGUCAUGCCAAGGUCCACAAAAGAUCUCUGCUCUUCAAGUUGCCAGUUUUGGAGACCCUCAUGGUACUUGUGGCUCCUUCCAAAUUGGAACUUGUAAUGUUGAUAGUGCCUAUGGUAUUGUUUGGCAGGCAUGUGUUGGACAGUCGACUUGCUCGAUUCUUGUUGAUGAGAAGACUUUUGGUUCAAGUGAAUGCAGCUAUUUAAGUAGCAGGAGGCUAGCUGUUCAAGCCACAUGUUCGUGA